AACAAUCUAUCAUACAGCGAUUGCAUACCUAUACUCUUUAAUCCAUGAAUAAGUGAAUUAUCUAAUUUCAAUGUGUAUUUUGUUAUAGUAGCAAGCCGCUCUUACAUUUAUCUCCAUAUGAGGAAACCAGACAGAGAAAAGGAGAUGAAAACCCAAGAAUGAUGGAAAAAACAUGGAAGCUUCCGUGUGGUCAAUAUGGUGUAGUCGCAUUUGGGCUGGCGGUACUAGUACUGAUAUUAAUGUACACGCUGUAUACUAUGAAUAUCACAAUACGGAUGGGAGAAUUAGAAAAAAGAAACGCAGAUCUGGCAUCAAAGUUAGAAACAUUGCAAACAUCAGUUGAUAUAUCCGAUCAAAAAAAUAAAAAACAAGAUGAAGCAAUUGGCAAUGUAAAACCAACAGCUGACAAAUGUGCUAAACAUGUCAUCAUGUUAGAACGACGAAUAGAAAAAAUAAAGAUUACUAUUGAAAAGUUUAAACCAGAUAUUGUUAGAUUAGACAAUGCGGUCACAGAUUUCGAGGGAGGAUUGGAAAAACUGACUAUGAGAGUUUUUGGUAUAGAGACACUGAUGGAUGAUGUAAAAGAUUUGUGGAAAACCACGGAAAGAAUGCAUGAGCGCUUCAAGGAAUAUAGGUACAAGCUGUAUACUACCGAUAUGGGGAUAGAAGAACUAGAAGACGAAAUUGGAAAAUUAAAACCAACAGCUGUCAAAUGUGCUAAAAUGGUCACCAAGUUAGAACAACGAACAGAAAAAAUAAAUAUGACUUUUGAAAAGUUAAAACCAGAUGUUGUUAGAUUAGACAAUGCGGUAACAGGUUUCGAAGGACGAUUGGAAAAACAGACUAUGAGAGUUUCUGGUAUAGAGACACUGAAGGUUGAUGUAAAAGAUUUGUGGAAAAACGCGAGAGGAAUGCAUGAGCGCUUGUAUCAUUCCGAGGAAUAUAUCUGGCGGGAAGCUCCUAAAAUUGAAAGAUUAACAGACGACCUGAAGCUAGUAAAACAGCAACAGGAUACUUCUACAUAUGUUUGGAUCCUGGUAAUCUUCGUUGUCAUCCUGAUCUUCGUUAACCUAUACGUGACUUCAUACAUCAACAAAAAACUUGAUAGGAUGCGCAUCCAAGUAUUAAACAGACAAGUCAAUCAACUCGAGGUGGAGAGAAAUGCGAUGGCCAGAAAUCCGAAAGAAUUCAGAAUGAUUCAUUACUCAUUUAGAUUGUUUUGACAGUUGGAAAUAUGCAGCAUACAUGUGUAUGAAUGUAUAUUUUCAGAUCGAAUGCGUUGUUAACCAUGCAUAGCAGUGUAGAUUUUUUCUUUCCAAAUAUGCUACAUCGUAAAAACAUUUCCUUGCAAAAACAUUUUUUGGGGUAACUGCUGUAUUAUAAUGAAAUACAAGUCCAGAAAUAAAGGUACUGAGAUGAUAUAUCAGUUCAAGGCCAUUGUGGUGGAUUAGAUGUCGUGUUGAACUUGCAAAUGAUACCUGUUUCUAUACAUUAUAUACAUAUGCUUAGUCAAACCCUACAUAUUUAUACAAAUUUCAAUUCCGUUCAAUUGUUGUCAUAGAUAUGUAUAUAUCAAUACAAAACGUGAUUUGAAUAUGAUUAAAACAUGUCUGAUACAAAUCUAA